GAGAGCGAAACAGUAUGAUGUCCGGUGGUUGGGCUGUACUCUUCGGGUGUGAGAGUGUUCGGGACGACCUGUGAUCUCAUAGUCAUAUUGGUGAGUUGUAUAGGGUAUGUGGUGUAAAAAAAUCGUUGAUUUUUUUAUUACGGAACUCAAAUUCUGCGAAUACGAAACCGCGGGGCCAAGUUGCAGGUGAAAGUGCUUUAAUCUUAAGUGCAUUUGGCAUACUGACCUUGAAGGAGAUGAAUCGAAGCGUUGCAGGAUCGCGAUCACGAGGAAUAACGUGCGGUGCGAUGUGAGUGACAAACAUCCAUACUCGUGGCGAAGCUUUCAACGAUGAACUUGCAUCAGUUGCUGCACCGUUGAAAGAGUGUGUCUGCAAGAAGAUGGCCCAAAACACGAGUUUUAUAGGUGGAAAAAUAGAAAAAAAGAAGUUGAAAACACAAACGUGUGCCCAUGACGAAUGCGAUUUGCCGGAUCAAACAAUGGCCUCUAAUCGAAAAGAAACGCUACAAGAAGUAGCAUUCAAGACUAUUGAAAUGCCACAAGAAAUUGUGCUGAAUUUAAUCAGCAGUGUGGAAAAAAAUAAGUGCCUUUGGGACAGGAGCGAUACCAAUUAUAAAAACCGUAACAAGCAACUCGAUGCUUGGGAGACGAUUGGGCAAGAUCUUCAAAUUCCAACCGCCACUGUACGAGAGAAGUGGCGGUCACUCCACGGAUCCUACAGGCACUACAAGAAGCUCUAUGAGAGCAGCCUUGUGACCGGUUCUGGAUCUGCCGAGGUUUAUCGACCCAAGUGGUUCGCUUAUGAAGCAAUGGCAUUCCUCCAAGCAACUACAGACGGUGGCGCAAGGAUGGAUACGUUGGAAGACAACAGGCUACCAGUAAGAAACAUCAGCUCACCUCAGCGAUCCACCGACACUCCUAUGCUUGAAGAUGUCAUCAUCAUGGCUGCUUCUACAUGUGAUCAGUCUGCAACAGUCAGCCAAACCAGCCAGCAGCCAGCCAAACCACCAACUCCCCCUCCUCAGACUGCGUCCGUUGCUCCCAAGCGUCGUUGGCAUGAAGCCAAUUUGAAAUACAAUGAGGAAGUGUUGGCGGCGCUAACGAAUGUUUCUCAAACUGCUAUGGAAUUGCGAUCGGCUGGGGAGGAGAAUAACCAUUGUACGCUGGUAUGCUGGAUUGGUCGCCGAAGCGACAAAAAGCGAUGGUGGUAAGAUUCCAGUGCAUGAUUGCGGAAGAGAAUGUUGCGCGCUUUGUUGAAAUAGAAGGCUACGAUCCUCGAGAAUUAAACAAUAAGACUCACGUCAAUCACUGAGCUUGGCUUCAUCAAUUUUAAUCCUAAUAUUUAUAUGUAUAAACUAGUGAUGGGCGGGUCGACCCGAACCUAUCGGGUCGGAGCCAUCCGUAAGCGACCCGGAGUCGUUCGGGUUGACCCGGAAGGUACAAGUAGGUGCAACGACUCCGGUAGGUGCAA